GCAAGGGGCGAUGGGGCUGGCUGCCCGCGGGCAGUGAGAGCGGGCCCUGCCUCCUGACAUCGCCAUUGCCGCCGUCGACGCCCGCGAAGAUGGUGAUGUCCCAGGGCACGUACACGUUCCUGACAUGCUUCGCCGGGUUCUGGCUGAUCUGGGGUCUGAUCGUGCUGCUGUGCUGCUUCUGCAGCUUCCUCCGACGCCGGCUGAAGCGGCCGCAGGACGGCCGGCUGCGGGAUCAGCCCCUGCGCGCCCUGGAGCUGGAGCCCCUCGACCUGGACGGCAGCCCCUCCCGCAGCCCCCCGGGCCCGGGCCCGGCUCCGGCCCCUCCACCGGCCCCGGCCCCGCUCCGCAUCCGCCUGGAGCCCCCCUCGCACCCCCAGCACCGCCCGCACCCUGCCCACCCUGCUGCCCACCCUGCCCACCCGUCCCCCCACGGGCCCGUCCCGCCACCGCGGCCUUGGAGCUACCCGCGCCAAGCAGACUCGGACCUGUCCAAGCCCCCGUGCUACGAGGAGGCCAUGCUGAUGGCCGAGCCACCCCCUCCGUACAGCGAGGUGCUGACCGACACCCGCGGCCUGUACCGCAAGAUCGCCGCGCCCUUCCUCAGCCGCGACGGCUCCGAGAAGCAGGACCAGCCGCCCAGCUCCAAGCCCCUCUUCCUGGAGCGGGCCUACUCGUCCGCCCUGCACCUGCCCAGCGGCCCCAGGCCCGGGCCGCCCUGCCCGGCCCUCUACCUGCCACCCGACCGGCCCCGACGCCUCUUCCCCAGCUGGACGGACUCAGAGCUCAGCGGCCGCGAUCCCCUGGACCCCGGCGCCUGGCGCCUGCCCGUCUCCGUCCCCUUGCUGGGGAGGACUACAGCCGUAUAGAGGGGCGGCCGCCCCCUCCUGCCCCUCUCCACCUCCCCGCCCCCCU